AUGAGUAGAAGGAACAACACAAACGUGUCUGACUUCAUCCUUACAGGAUUGACAGAUUCAGAAGGGAUUCAGCUGCUCCUCUUUGCAUUUGUUCUGCUGAUUUACUUGACUACUGUGCUGGGGAAUGUGGGGAUGAUAUUGAUAAUCCGCCUGGACCCCCAACUCCACACCCCCAUGUAUUUUUUCCUCACUCACCUGUCAUUUCUUGACCUUAGUUACUCAACUGUCAUCACCCCCAAAACCUUGGAGAACUUACUGACCACCACAGGGUACAUUUCAUUCCUGGGCUGCUUCACCCAGUUGUUCUUUUUUGUCUUCUUAGCUGCUGCUGAAUGUGUUCUCCUCUCCUCGAUGGCCUAUGACCGCUAUGUAGCUAUCUGCAAUCCUCUGCACUAUGCAGUUAUUAUGAACACAAGAUGCUGCUAUGCCCUCAUCACUGGGUCCUAUGUGAUUGGAUUUAUGGAUUCCUCUAUCAAUGUUCUCUGUAUGAGCAGACUGCAAUUCUGUGACUCCAAUGUAAUCCGUCACUUUUUUUGUGAUGCACCCCCUAUUCUUGCUCUCUCCUGCACUGACACCUAUGGCAAUGAACUUAUGAUAUUCAUUGUUGCUGGCUCUACCAUACUAGGGUCCUUUUUCACAAUAGCUGUGUCCUAUGUGUCCAUUCUUUCUACUAUCCUGAAAAUUAAUUCCACUUCAGGAAAACAAAAAGCCUUCUCUACUUGUGCCUCCCAUCUCCUGGGAGUCACCAUAUUUUACGGCACCAUGAUUUUCACUUACUUAAAACCAAGUAAGUCCUACUCCUUGGGAAAGGAUCAAGUGGCUUCUGUUUUUUACACUAUUGUGAUCCCCAUGCUCAAUCCACUCAUUUACAGUCUCAGGAACAAAGAAGUGAAGAACGCUCUUUAUAGAGUUAUGCAGAGAGCUGCCUUCAGGACACUUCCAGGCAUUUAA